UGGUUUUUGGUGAGAUAGUAGGGUUAUAUAUUAAGAAGGCCGAUACACUCAGCCGCGUAAUAAGCAAAUCUGCUUCUAGGGUUUCCGCUCCAUCAACGCACAACAGCAGGAGGCAGCAGCCAUGGUUCUCAAGACGGAACUCUGUCGUUUCAGUGGUGACAAGAUAUACCCAGGAAGAGGCAUCAGAUUUAUUCGUUCUGAUUCUCAGGUGUUCCUUUUUGCCAACUCCAAAUGCAAAAGGUACUUUCACAACAAGCUGAAGCCGUCAAAGCUUACCUGGACAGCCAUGUACAGGAAGCAGCACAAAAAGGAUAUUGCUCAAGAAGCUGUGAAGAAGAGGAGACGUGCCACCAAGAAACCUUACUCAAGGUCUAUUGUCGGUGCUACCCUGGAGGUUAUCCAGAAGAGAAGAACUGAGAAGCCAGAAGUUCGUGAUGCUGCACGUGAAGCUGCACUUCGUGAAAUUAAGGAAAGAAUCAAGAAGACCAAAGAUGAGAAGAAGGCCAAGAAGGCAGAAGUAACGAAAUCUCAGAAGACUCAAGGCAAGGGCAGCAUUCCCAAGGGAGGUGCACCCAAGGGACCAAAGCUUGGUGGUGGUGGCGGCAAGCGUUAAGCCACUGUUCUGUUGUCUACUUAUUGCGGAGUAGAGUCAGAGAUAGGACGUGUUUGUUUAAUUUGAAGGUUUUGUAAGGAUUGAUUGGCCAUGCUUGAUGGCCCCCGCUCGUAAUUUUCUUUCGUCUAUCCUAUAUCUGUCACUUUGAUAUUACCAAGUACUUAAUAGUUAUUCAGUUUGUUUUGGAUUUAAAAGAUUUGGACCGAGCUUUCACACGGACCAUGCCUAUGAGACAUGAUGGGUGAGUU